CGCAGACUCAGGAUCCAAACUCCCAAGAUGGCGCCGCCCACAUCCUUGUGGUAGUACUACUGCUACUACUACUACUACUACAAGCGUCAGAAGGAGUUUUUUUCUUUUAUUAAAGUCUACAAAAGUUCUCGUUUGAAAAUGGAAAACAGCGAGGAUGAGAUGGAAGAAGACGAAGCCGAGUGGACGAACAGUUUUGUGGAUUCGUCCGCACUCAGCUCCGCUGCUGCUUCUGCUUCUUCUUCUUCUUCUACUUCUGGACGAGGCACCAGUAAUAAACCUGGACCUGGACACGACCACAGAGUCAUUCUGCAUUUUGACCUGGACUGCUUCUAUGCUCAGGUGGAGAUGAUCAGAAACCCAGCUCUGAGAGAAGUCCCUUUAGGUAUUCAGCAGAAAUACAUCAUAGUCACCUGUAACUACGUGGCCAGAGACCUGGGAGUCACCAAGCUGAUGUCUGUGACUGACGCCAAGGAGAAAUGUCCCAGUCUGGUGCUGGUUAGAGGAGAAGACCUGACACACUACAGAGAGAUGUCCUAUAAAGUGACAGAGCUGCUGACGUCCUACUGUCCCCUGGUCGAGAGGCUCGGAUUUGACGAGAACUUCGUGGACGUCACGGACCUGGUGGAGAGAAGACUCGCGGAGAUGGCGACGGAGUCCGACGGCUUCUCAUUUAAAGGACACGUCUACGGUCGUUCCAGUGCAGAUGUUAAAGCCGCCGACUACCCAGCUCUGGUUUUGGGUUCUCACAUCGCGGCCGAGCUGAGAGAAGCUCUGAGCGGGAAACUGGGCCUGACCGGCUGCGCUGGCGUCGCCUCCAACAAACUUCUGGCCAAACUGGUUUCAGGAACCUUCAAACCCAACCAGCAAACGGUUCUUCUCCCGGAGAACGUCAGCGACAUCAUGGACUCUCUGAGUGGUCUCCGGAAAGUACCGGGAGUCGGUCAUCAAACUGCUAAGAGGCUUCAGGCCCUGGGACUAGUGAGUGUGAAGGACCUACAGCUGUGUCCCCUGGACGACUUGGCGACAGAGUUUGGAGGAGCCACCGCUCAGCGUUUAAAGAACCUGGUCCUCGGUGUGGACGACUCCCCCGUCACCCCUUCAGGGCCCCCUCAGUCUCUCAGUGACGAAGACUCCUUCAAGAAAAUGUCUUCGCCUCAGGAGGUUCUGGAGAAGGUUCAGCAGCUCCUGACCAGUCUGGUGGAGAGGAUGCACAAAGAUGGCCGACAGCCUCAGACCUUCAGGCUCACGAUCCGCAGAUACUCAGCCACCAACAAGUGGUUCGGUCGGGAGAGUCGGCAGUGUCCUAUCCCGAACCACGUGGGGCAGAAGAUCAGCUCUGGCGGCAGCGAGGACGCCGUGGUCCUGCUGGUCCCGUUGGCCAUGAAGCUCUUCAACAAGAUGGUGGACGGCGGCGCCGCCUUCCACCUCACGCUCAUCAACGUGUGCUUCAGUAACCUGCAGAGCAGAGGAGCCGGCGCCAUAACGUCCUUCUUCACACCGGCCACGUCUCCGGGGAAAACUCAGGCGCAGGUUCAGGACGGUUCCUCUGACAGUGGCGUGAUCGCUCAGCGCAGACUCGCUAGGAAAGGCCCGUUUGGCUGCGAGGCGUCGUUACACGGCUUCACGCGGAAACAAAGCAGCGUUGUAGCUGCGGCGGCGGCCGCUCGGAAAGCGUCCUGCAGCGAAGCGGGACGUGACCCCGACGACUCAACCACAACCAGCGCUGUGACACAUCGAUUACCCGCCAACGUCGACCCCGAGGUGUUUGAGCUCCUUCCAGAGGAAAUCCAGAAGGAGCUCUUAGCUUCUGACUUUGCACUUUCUAGCCCGUCGGUGUCUGACUCCGCCCACAUGUCAGGAAAUAAGCCUCCGCAGACAUUUACAGACUCCGAAAACAUUAAAGCGGCUGCAAACGGAUUCGAUUCGACUUCCCGCGGAACCGGAGGCGACGUCACGGACGAGGAGAGGCCGUCACUACCCCGGUCUUCUGACUGCGAGUUCCCGGGAAAUGUGGACCCCGGGGUGUUUUCCGAGCUGCCCCCCGACGUUCAAAGGGAGCUCCUGUCCGAGUGGAAGCAGCAGAAACCGGCUCUGAAGACGCCCUCGUCCAGGAAACCGGCGGCGAGAAGCUCGACGAGCAGAGACAGAAAGACGGCAGGAAGAAGCAGCCAGGCCAACAACCUGUUCAAGUACUUCAAACCCAGUUAGAGGAAGCUUUUAUUCGUCAAGUUAUUAGACAUGUCAGCAGAAAUAUUCAGAUUUUACGUGGUCGUGCAGUUUAUGCACUCACCACUAGGUGGCACUAAACCGUUCACGCUGGCCCUUUAAUGUUGUGACGUUCCUGUUAUUAAAAAAGAUCUCGUGAAAAUCAACUUUUUUUGUUGUCCAAUUAAAUAAUAGAAGUAAAUGACACAUAAUAUGUGCACCGAUCAGGCAUAACAUUAUGACCACCUUGCUAAUAUUCUGCCUUCAAAACAGACUCAUCUUCUCCUGUCAGUGGUCAUAAUGUUGUGGCAGUAUGUUUACAACAAGCUGUUUUCCUCCAGGAUUUAAACAGAGCAAAUGCUUUAAGGUUGGUUGUUUUCUUCCACGUUGUUUAGAGAAGCAGGAUUACUCAGAAAGGCCUGAAAUCCACAGAGUUAUUUCUCAACGGCAAAUAAAAUCCACUUUUUCAAUGA